AGGUACUAAUUCCCCAACUAAUCGUCCUUUCUUCCUGUCUUUGUCCCAAACUGCCAGUCUGCCACCAAUCCCCGGCACCUUCUCCGUCCUUGGCUUCCGCCGCAAACCUGAAACCUCUGUCCUGCCUCGCUGCCGACGCUCUACUCCACACUCCCCAGUCCCCUCCCGGUGCUCAAAUGGCCCCCGCUGCCGCUCUGAGUCGGCCCCACCUCGCCAGCUCCUACCCGUCGGCCGGCCGGCGGCUCCGCGGGCCGACGGAUCACGUCCGCCUCUCGCUGGCUCUCCCGGCGAGCUUGCUGCCACGCGUUUCGUUGAAGCAGGGAUCUGGACCGAAUACUAGGGGACGUGUCUGGGCGGAUGCAAGCGGUUCGUUCGAGCAAUAUCGCAUUGGGGAGGACGCCGUGUCACCUCCUCCUCAGGGUGUGGAGGAGAGCAAAGUUGAUUUUCUGAAGAUUCUGAAGAGUGCCAACUCCAUCAUUCCCCAUGUAGUGCUGGGGAGCACAAUUCUUGCCCUGGUGUACCCACCUUCGUUUACAUGGUUCACAACCAGAUACUACGCACCGGCCUUGGGGUUCUUGAUGUUUGCUGUAGGUGUGAAUUCAAGCGUUAAAGACUUUAUUGAAGCAAUACAAAGACCAGAUGCUAUUGCUGCUGGUUAUAUUGGACAGUUUAUGUUCAAGCCUUUCUUUGGAUUCCUUUUUGGCACUCUUGCAGCUACGACUUUCAAUCUUCCUACUGCUUUGGGUGCUGGUAUCAUGUUAGUUUCGUGUGUGAGCGGAGCGCAACUGUCAAACUAUGCAACUUUCCUGACAGAUCCACAUAUGGCUCCGCUCAGCAUUGUUAUGACAUCAUUGUCGACAGCUACUGCAGUUUUUGUCACGCCAACUUUAUCAUACUUACUUAUUGGCAAGAAACUACCUGUGGAUGUCAUAGGGAUGAUGUCCAGCAUUGUGCAAAUAGUGGUUGCUCCUAUUGCAGCUGGAUUGCUUCUGAAUAGAUUUCUUCCAAGACUCUGUUCGGCUAUUCAGCCAUUUCUCCCUCCACUGUCAGUGUUUGUGACAGCUUUGUGUGUUGGCUCGCCACUGGCUAUAAAUAUCAAGUCUGUUUUGUCGCCAUAUGGAUUAUCCAUUGUGUUUCUCCUUUUUGCAUUCCAUACAACAUCUUUUAUAGCUGGAUAUCAUCUUGCUGGUACUUGGUUCCGUAAGUCAGCUGAUGUAAAGGCCCUACAACGAACAAUAUCUUUUGAGACAGGGAUGCAAAGUAGCCUUCUUGCUCUUGCUUUAGCUAACAGGUUUUUCCCAGACCCACUAGUGGGAGUGCCUCCAGCAGUAUCAGUUGUACUGAUGUCUCUGAUGGGGUUUGGUCUUGUCAUGGUAUGGUCCAAGAGAACAGAAGUGUAACCCUUGCUGAAACCACUCAGCUGGAUUGAUACACAAUAUAAUUCACUGCGGAAGUUUUGCAAGCGUUAGCAUGAAGAACAACCAAUCACAAUGUUUAUUGGAGGUGAAGACUGCAGACCAUAGGAAGGCUAUAAUGCCAAAUGCCAAGUGACCAUAACAUGCCACAUCUGGUUCCUUCUCACUUUAUAUUCCUGUGAUCCUUGGUGAAAACAUCUCUGUAAUAUUUUGAGUAUUCCUGAAGAGAACCUCUCCCUAGAUUUUAAUAGAAGAUGGAAAGAAAGAAACAAUCUAUGUCUCUGGUGGAUUUGUCUGGAUUAAUAAACUGAUAUUGUUCCAAACUGA